UAUUGUUUGAGUGGUCUCUGUCGUCACUGUCGCCAGCCCGCACCGCCGUUGCUUCCAGCCCCGCUACCGUUGCACAUUGAGUGUGUCUACAAGGUUCCCCACGUGUUCGAAUAUGGCCUCGGACCCCACCGUGAUGAGGCGGGCGCUUGCACCAGCGCCUGAAGCCACGCAGACCAUGUCAGUACAGGAUAUUGACUCGAUCAUCAACACACACAAGGCCAGCAUCCGCGAGAUCCUGGCCAGCACCAGCACUAUGGCGGACCCGUCGCUGCUCCAGGGGGCGUUGUCGUUCUGUCACUCUAAGUUCACGGCGUACAUAGUGGACAGUUUGGCAACGGAAUACCGAGAGCAAGUGUCCGCUGCAGGCGAGGAGAAGGACAAGGACAGCGCCAGCGCCAGCGACAACGUGGAGCUGAACUUCAACCUCGAAAGCGCCCACUCGGUUGGCAAUAUCGUGGAUCGAGUGUGGAUCGAGAUCCACCACCCUGCGAUCAAGUACUUUCAGUCGACAUUCUACCAGCUGAACAAAAACCUGAAGGACCACGGCAACAACGUCGCGAACACUAACAGCAGACAGUACUCGGGCAACAAGUCGUCGAAGUACAACUUAAGCGGCGGCAGCUCGCAGUCGUUUGUCGAGUACCGGAAGCUCUUCGACCGGUUUGUCAAGUUCAUCGCCAAGGCGUACGAGUUCUACUUCUUCAUCUUGAAGUCGAUCCUCAACACCUACGACUUGACGAUCUACAUCCCGGUGAAGAAGCUCUGCUCGACCUUGAAAAUCAGCCUGGACUCUGUCUCCGACGCCAAGGACACCAGGCUGCCCCUUCCCGACUCCAACCACCUGGUUUCUUCGAUCGUUUACCUGACCCACAAGUGUGUGUUGUUCAUUGGAGAUUUGUCCAGAUACCGGACCUUGAUUGCGAAAACUUACCUACCCUCCACGUCCAUUUCCAAGGAAGACAACAAUAACUACUCGAAAUCCAUAGAACUUUAUAAACUCUCGUUAUUGAUCCUUCCUUCCUUGGGCGACCCUUACAACCACAUUGCAAUCAUUGACAACUUGAAAGACGAUAAGUUCAACGUGGUCUACAACUUCAUCAGGGCUUCCUUGACUUCCUCUCCGUUGACCAUAGCCUACUCCAACCUCUUGAACCUUUUGAGUAAACAUCCGAGAACGAACUCAAUCCUAAGAAAGUUCGAGCACCUAAACUCUUUGGAUAGAAACACCAUCACCAAGAAUGACAGGUUAGGUCUUUUGAAGGCCCAGUUUUUGAUUUUGUUCAACUACAACUUACUGCCUAACAAGUGGAGGUUAAAACCUGGAUACCUCAUUUCGGGCCACUCCAUCAGUCUCAUUGAAAAUGAUUUCUACUACCUACUUUCCACGUUGGAUUUCCACAAGCAGAUUUUCAACGAUUUUUAUUUCAAGCAAUUUGUAAUCUUGACUGGUGGUUUCGAACUUUUGAUAGAUUCAAGCAACCUCGAUGAUCCAAAACUAGGACACUCGCCUGAAAUCAUAUCAGAUUAUCUAAGCUUCAUGUUCAGAUACAUGGAGACUUUCUUGAAAAUCUGCAUUUUCAUCUGUGAUGAUAACAAGAAAGAUUCAAAAGAGGCAAAAGACAGCAGCGACAAUACUUCUGAAAAGGACGAUAUCACUCAAAAUUUUUCCAUGUCCUUUUCCACUUCUCUGCUCCCUGUAAUCAGACUCCUGCUUUGUUGGUUCAACGAAAGAGAAAUCGCUAGAUUUUAUCUACAAAACUCAAACGAAGUUUCGUAUUUGUUGGCAACAUUGAUCAACCGAUUGAUCAAGUAUUUUGACGAGCAAAAGGUGGAUCUCGUUAUGGAACUCAUGUCGAUGAGAAAGGAAGCGAAUAUCACUUUUGAUUCAAUCUUGACAUUAAAACCCGUGCGUCAAAGACUAUUCAAAGAAGACGUGGCUUUGAGAGAAUUCAAACCUGUCAAUUACCUGUUGACCGAUUUCAAUGAUGCGCACUUGUAUCGAAAGGACCCUGAGUCGGUAUUGGCACUGAUUGGUGAGCUACCAGAGUUUUCCACUGCAGUUGAAACUAAAGACAAAAAGGACAAAAACAGCUUGGUUGGGGUCAGUACCAAAAUAAACGACAAUUUGUUACGACUAGUAGCUAUCAUUGUUCUAGGAAAAAAAUUGAUCCUUGAAAAUACUAAUGAUAUCAAGUGGGUUGAUGAAAUAAACGAUGCUGACAUUGACAAGACUGAAAGUAAAAGUCACAAAUUUUUGGGUUCACUGAUUAUUCCAAAACAAGUGAAUCUAGAAAUCAUUGAGCAGGUUAUCCCAAAAGUUAGCAAUAGUAAUAAUGGUAGCAGCAGUGCUAUCAAUAGUAAGAGCAAGGAUCAGAAUCAUAAGCAAACAAGAAAAAAGAAAAGUGAUAACCCCCGCAGCAACAAUACUCCAAAUAAUAUGAGUUACGCUUAUGCAGGCUCUUCAUUCAGCACCUUCGGUGCAGCUCAGCCAGAGUCAUUUGAAAGAUUUGACAAGUUUAAAAGGAACAAAUCAGCCAACAAAAUUUCAGUCGGCAGAUCUCAAUCCAGUAUGGCUAGUAGCUCUGAUUCAAUUGUCGCAGGUUUGGCGACUCCAGGUAACACCAAUGAUGAUCUAGCUAAACUGAAACGUCCGCAAACUUCACCUGAGUUCAAAAUAAAAUUUGGUGAUGAUUCUCAAUCGUCCCAUUCCCAAUAUGUUGAUAUGGUUGCCUCAAUUGUGAAUGAGGAAAGUGAUAGUAGAAACAAGACUUUUAAAAGUGACCGAAAUAACCUCAAAAACAAAAGUAGAGAAGCUAGCUCACUUAACUCAAAUGAUUUAGCUGUUGGUAAUAUAGGUAUCACCAAAGUUAACUCUGUGCCACCCACAGAAAUGAGCGUGAAUGAAUACCCUGAAAAUAACAACAAUGGUCACACUAAUGGUAACUACAGAGAAGGUAAACUCAGUAAUGUAAACUUACCAUUGGAACGCGAUUAUGAGAGGGGAUAUACUACUUAUUUCAACCAAUGGGAUUCUGUGAAAGGUAAAGCUGCUUCACAUGAACAAAAUGCUGAGAAUGGCACAGCUGACCAAAAGGCUGGAGAACCAAUUGUGAACAAAGGCGGAAGUGGAAAUGGAGAUAUGGAUCAGAUGAACUUGAUCAGUCAAAUGAGUCAAAUAAACUUAAUGAAUCAGAUCAACAUGAAUCAAUUCUCUUUUAAUCCAAUGAACCAAUACGGUCAAAUUGGGGGACAUUUCAAUCCAAUGGAGAUGAAUCCUGUGUCUUUACCUAAUAUCCAUGAAGGGUUCAAUAUGAACAGUAUGGGAGUCAAUAAUGUCAACAUGAAUAGAUUGAACAACAAUAUCAAUAGUAUAGGCCACAUGAACAAUAUGAACUCAAUAAACGGGAUGAAUAACAUGAGCCUGAAUCAUGUUAGUAACAUGCCACCAGUCAGUUUAGAUACCAUGAAUAAUAUUGGUAUGAACAAUAUUGUUGGUAUGGGCAUGAGCAACAUUGGCAAUAUGGGUAUGAAUAUGAAUGAUAUCCCGAGUAUGAGCAAUUUGCAUACUUUUGGAAAUUUGAGUAACUUGAAUUCUUUGAAUGGAAAUUUGAUGGGUUUGAACAACAACAUGGCCAUGCCACGAAUUGGAGGUUUGGCCAACAAUCUUGAUAUGAAUAAUAUCAAUUCUAGUUCAGUAUUCAACGAUAGUACUGAAAGCGAUGGCUCCAUUAACAAUGGUAAUAGCAAGAAUAAGCAACAGAAGUAGAGAACAGAGAUGGUGAAGUUUUGACAGUUCAACCUUAUGUAGAAUAUGAAUAAAAUUAACUAAGUACGCCUUACAAUAGUAUGUGAUAGUUCUUUUGCGGCUAUUAAAUUUUUGAACCUUUGUGUAUCAAAAAAAAGUCUAUUACUGGUCUAUAUAUUAAAUGUACAUAAAAUCUAAGGGUCGUCGUCGUGUAUGUGAAUUUCAGGGUAUUGAG